GUUUAGUUCUCCACUCCAGCGAUCAGAGAAGAGCUUUUCUUCUGCCUCUUCCUCCUCUGGUGGCUUCUGUCGUUCUCUGAGUGGAACACCUUGGCAGUGAGACAGACAGGAGUUAGUUCAGCACAGUCGAGUGUCAUACCGCCACAUCUAUAGUUGUGGUCCUCAGAGUCAGAAGAAUACUGCCCACCCACAGCUGGAUCAACAUGUUACGGCGGAAACCAUCCAACGCAUCUGAAAAGGAACAGGCUCAGGUGCAAAAGAAGAAGCUGACUCUGCAAAGAUCCAGCAGCUUCAAAGACUUUAUGAAGCCAAAGCCAUCGUCACCUAUAGUGAGCCCUGAGGCUACCUUGGAUGAAUCUAAGUUUGAGAGUCCAUUACCAGAGGAUUCGGGUAAAAGUAACGGAAAACUCGGAAAGAAAUGGAGAAAUGUCAUAUCUCGCACAAUGACCCGUAAAACAUCCAAGAUGGUACAGAAAGCCCUUGCAGAGGAAGGGAAUGAGAGUGGGGAGGACGGCUCUAUGUCUCCCAUGUCUCCAAGUGACUGGAUGCCAGAUCUCAGUGCUGGGAACAGAACAUCUGUGUGCUCCAACAGCUCAGAGGACACCAUGCACACCCCCCUCUCACGCCAGCUCUCUGGAUGUUCUGACAGACAGAGUCUGGACAGUGGCUUCAGCCAGAGAGACAGUAUGAGACUGGAGGACAGCACCUACACAGGGCCCUUCUGUGGCAGAGCCCUUGUCCACACUGACUUCACCCCCAGUCCAUAUGACAUGGAAUCUCUCAAACUACAGAAAGGAGACAUCAUCCAGAUUAUCGAGAAGCCACCAGUAGGCACCUGGACUGGUAAACUCAAUAACAAAGUGGGCUCCUUUAAAUUCAUCUACGUCACAAUACUACCAGAGGAGAACACGCCACCAAAGAGGAAGCGGUGCUACAGUCACGGACACCAGAAACCCAAACCAAAAACCUUGGAGGAAGUUCUGGAGAGAAUAGGCCUAACUGAACUGGGAUCUCUCCUGUCCAUGCAUGGCUUCCAGAGCUUGGAGGACUUCACCGGCCUGAAGGAGUCUCACCUGAACGAGCUGAACAUUACAGACCCUGAGCAACGGGUGAAGAUAUUGAAAGCAACAGAACUGCUUCAUGACUCGGAGGAUGAAUCUGACACCGAGGAGCAAAAGACUGAAAUGCCACGGGACUCUGGUUGUUACGAGAGCACAGAGAAUCUGGCAAACGGAUGUGAGGAGCCCCAGGUGGAAUCCCAACCACCGGCGCCAGAAACAGAUCCGGACACAGAAACAAAGCUCAAUGCUGUUCAGGAACAGCUGGAGGGGAUGAAGGUGGAGGAAAGGUCUGAGAAUCAAACAGAGUGAAGUCACCAGAAAGUUCUUUUGAUCCUGCUUCUUUAAAAAGUUUAAGCUCUCUAUGAUGGGCCGAGAGUGUCACAACCACAUGCACAGCCCAUGCAGAAGCCAAUAGGUCCGCUUAGAAGAUGGCAUAAAGGUCUUGAAGGGACUAUCAUCUAUGAAUGUAGUCUUUCUCUUUGACUUUAUAGUUCAGAACGUCUGACACCACAUUCAAAAUCUCCAAAAGGCUCUGAAAACAAACUGAACCAACAUUUGUUGAGGGAUUUUGAAAAACUGACAUUGCACCAAGCAAUAUUCCAUGGACUAAACCCAAGGCAAUGUUCUUACAUCAUAAAAUAAGCAGCAUUGUGGUGACCCAAAUUUUGAUUUUACUCACAAGGUUAAAUAUACAAGACAUCUAUGGUAAAUUACAUUCUCUAACAUCUGAGAAGUUUCAUCAUCAUCAUCAUACCGUCAUACCUUAACUAUGAAGUAGCAUUUUAUAGACUACUAUUCUUCCGUUUCUGGCCUAGUGAAUGUACAGAGCAAUACGCAAUUAAUGCACUCAUUUUUUUGUUGUUGCCAGGAAUGAAAGAGGAAAGGCGCAUUGUUUAGUAUUUGCAUAUUAUUCUUUUGCUUCUAUGGUCAAUGACUUUGGUUCCUGUUUGUGGUAAUGUUUGUUAUAAUAUGGUUUAUUUAGUUUUCAAAGCUAUUGUUGUUUAUUCAAUAUCUGUAUUUCCUUUUUACUGUUCCGUUUGUCUUGCUUAUUUUGAUGUAUGUACUUUCAGCGUUUGCUUUUAAAAAAAACAACUAAAUUUUGAAACCACACCACAAAGAAGAAAUUGUAAUAAUACCAUAUAAUUUAAUGAACAUACAUUUACACACAGAUUCAUAAAGUAGAAAGUGGAGAGUAUGAGCAUAUACAUGAUCACAGUGUUAUUACCAAGCAAACUGAACAUAACCCAAUUCGUGAUGACGUACAAUGUGUACAUUAUGCAUCGCAUCCACAUAUCUAGAGCGGACCAUCAUUUGCUAAUAUUCCAAACUUACAAAUUACACUGACUUUGCAUUAAAGAUUUUGAUUAUUUAUGUGCCUCAUUUAGUAAAUUAGCAUGACACAAAAUU